GGGAGUUUCCUUAAGUGUUCCUCAACAAUAACAUCAUUGUAAUCGAGCAAAGUGAGAGAUGAGAACAGGGGGACCCCCAUUCUUCGGACUCAUUCAGUUCUCCAGAAAGAAGGGAAAAGGGGGCGGCCGGUUGGAGGGAACGGGGUGAGAAUAUCCCGAGAUGCAUGAGGCGAACUCAGAACCGAGUUGCUGAGAUAUUGGAGCAGAUGGGCCAAGACCCCAUUGAAAACCCACACUGGGGAUCUAAUCAGCGGCUGAAUACAAAUUAAUGCGACAUAAUGGGAUCGUAUGACCUCAGAGACACCACUUUAACGAUGAAGAAUAGUGCUAUUUUGUCGAAAAUAUGAGGAAAAAUAAACGUCUUUCAGUGGAAAUUUAAAAAGAAGCGUCUGCUUUCUCUGCUGCCUUUAAGGAGGAAUGCUGUGUUUGUUCCAAAAGCUUAAGGCGGAUUCAAUCAAUGAAAGUGAGCACUUGUCUGGCUUGUAGAGCGAAAGAUUUUGCAAGAGGGAAAGAAAAAAAAAGACAAAGGAAGGAGGAGAGUUGACAUGUCAUCUGGCUCUUAGGAAUCCUGUAGUUUGAGGGGGGGGCAGUCGGAGGAAGGGGGUGGUUGUUGAUUCGGUGUGAGAAGUUGACAUGCAGUGGCUUUCGGUCGCGCUGGGGGAGGAGGACGGAGGGCGGGACAGGCGAGGCAAGGCCGCCCCCCUCCCACUGAGACCACAGACCCUCAUUGGGAUCAGACUCUCCAGACAGAGAUCACCUCUGAGCCCUCCUUUGCUCUGGACUCUUUGCUAAACAGGUUGCUCCGGUAGCUGCAGAUAUCAGACACUCCUUCUAGUCGACUUUCAACCACAGUGUGAUCUGGAUCUGUUUGGAGCUCCGAUGCUGCAGAGAUGGAGACACAGAUCUGAGGGCAGCUUUGUUACAAAGGUGGAUAUAAAGAUGCUUUCCCGGCAGCAGCCAAGAGCAAUGAACCUGGAGCGCAAAGACAGAGGAGAGCGGCCCUCACCUCGAGGCCCGGACAUGGAAGCCCGCGCUGGGGGGAAGAUGGGAAAGGCCAGCGUGGGAUUCCAGAGGAGCUCCACCUCCGAUGACGACUCCGG